UUUUGCCCCCGAUAUAUCACGGUGGUAUAAAUAUAUGAUUUAGUUUGGAUUAGUUUCUUAAGUUGUCUAAGGGUUAUAAGAUGAUUGGAAAAACUAUACAACUUGUUUUCUCUCUCUUCUUUUUCUUUAUAGUUAUUACAAUAAUUUCCUUGAGGGGAAUGGCCAUGGCACAGAGCACAACAAGCACAACAAAAGUCAAAGUAAAGGUAGGAGUGGUUCUCGACAUGAACAAUUGGGUUGGUGAGAUGGGUUUGAAGGGUAUCAACAUGGCCCUCACAGACUUCUAUUUAUCUCAUGCUCAUUACAAAACUAGAUUGGACCUCCGCGUCAAAGAUUCCAAGGAUAAUGUUGUUGGUGCAGCUGCAGCAGCUCUAGAACUACUGAACAACACUGAACAAGUGAAAGCCAUCAUUGGGCCAUUGACAUCCAUGCAAGCAAAUUUUCUAAUUCAUCUCGGAGAAGAAGCUCAUGUCCCCAUUAUUUCAUUCUCUGCAACAAGUCCUUCCCUCUCUUAUCUUCGGAGUCCAUAUUUUUUCCGAGCUACUCUAAAUGACUCAUCUCAAGUACAACCCAUAACUGCUAUAAUUCAAGCUUUCGAUUGGAAAGAAGUUGUACUCAUUUACACAGAAAAUGAAUAUGGAGAAGGGUUGAUUCCAUUUUUGACCGACACAUUUCAAGAAAACAAAAUUCGUGUUCUGUACAAAAGUACAAUUCGUCCUGUGGCCAGUGAUGAAGAAAUUGUUGCAGAGCUUUACAAGCUCAUGACUAUGCAAACCCGGGUUUUCAUAGUACACAUGACUCACUCUCUUAGCACUCGCUUAUUUACCAAAGCAAAUGACAUCGGGAUGAUGAGUGAAGGGUAUGUCUGGAUAAUAACUGAUGGCAUAACCAAUUCCUUGAAUUUUUUCGACCCUUCAAUCAUCACCAACUCAAUGCAAGGGGUGAUUGGUGUAAAACCACAUGUUCCAAAAAGUAAAGAACUUGAAGAUUUUACUAGUAGGUGGAAAAACAAAUCACACCAAGAGAAAACUAGUAGUGAUCUAAAUGUUUUUGGGUUAUGGGCAUACGAUGCGACCACAGCCCUGGCAAUGGCGGUUGAGAAAGUUGGCGCGCUAAAUUUUAGCAUUUCGAACAUUGCAAAAAAUUCAACCACCGACUUUGAAAGUGUUGGAGUGUCUCAAAAUGGUAUUGAUCUUCGCCAAGCUCUUUCAAGCGCUCCUAGAUUUAGAGGACUCAGUGGAGAUUUCAGCUUUGUCGAUGGGCAAAUACAAUCGUCUGCUUUUGAGAUUGUAAAUGUGAUCGGAAAUGUUCCAAAAAGGAUAGGAUUUUGGACGCCGAAACAAGGAAUUGUACGAGAAUUAAAAUUUGAUGCAGUGAAUAACAUCGAUUCCCCAAACUGA